AUGAAGCAUCCCAUGUUGUUAAGCUCUAAACACCAUUUUACUCAACUUUUAUUCCAACAAGAACACGUACGGCUUCUACAUCUGGGGCCCCAAGCCUUACUGGCUUCUAUUAGAACGCGUUUUUGGCCCAUUAGUGGAAGAAGUCUGGCUAGACGUACUGUGCAUAAUUGCACCGUAUGUAGGCGUUUUAAGGGUCAGUCUAUAAAAAACAUAAUGGGCAACCUACCUGCUCAAAGACUAAUGCCCGACUUUCCUUUUAUUACAGUAGGGACUGAUUUUGCUGGGCCAUUUAUGGUCACGGAUCGCAAAGGUCGUGGUUGUAAAAUUACAAAAUGUUAUUUGUGUAUUUUCAUAUGUUUUAGGUAUAAGUGCAUCCAUUUGGAGGCUGUUAGUGAGCUGUCCAAGGAUGCUUUUAUAUUAACAUUGAGACGCUUUGUUUCACGGAGAGGGCUACCAAAGCAGAUAUUCUGCGACAAUGGUGGAAACUUUGUAGCUGCUUCAAAGGAACUUAAAGAGUUUUUUGAAGUUAAUGCGAAAACUAUCGCUAAUUUUGCCGCUAACGAAGGCGUUGAGUUUUGUUUUUCGCCUGCAUACGCUCCUCACUUCAAUGGUUUGAUGGAGGCCGGUGUAAAGUCAGCCAAAUUCCACCUGGCUAGGAUAUUAGGGACUACGCACCUAACCUAUGAGGAAUUGUCAUCUUUGUUCACACAAAUAGAAUGUAUCCUAAAUAGCCGCCCCCUAUGUCCAUUAAGUUCCUCUCCCACGGACUAUUAUCCCUUAACUCCGGGCCACUUUUUAAUUGGUAGACCACUAAGCUCGCUGCCAUCUCCGUGUCUACAAUCCACUAAUGCCAAUCGUCUCGACAGAUUCCAGCGCAUCGAGCAGUUUAAGCAACACUUUUGGCGACGCUGGAGCCACGAGUACAUUGCGGAGCUGCAGUUGAGGACGAAGUGGCGCACGAAGUCCAAAGAGAGCCUACAAAUUGACGACCUAGUCCUCUUGAAAGAGGAAAACGCUCCACCGCUCUAUUGGCGUCUCGGACGUGUAAGAAAACUCUUCCCGGGAUCUGACGGAUUGACACGCGUCGCAGAUAUAGACACUGCAAGAGGAAUUGUGCGGCGCGCCCUAAACAGAAUCGUCCUACUACCGAAGCCCGAUGAGUUGGAAGAUCUUGAAAGCUGUUAA